UGGUUUGCUGGGCAAAACUUACGAUUCAAACCAAAAUGUUUCUAGUUUAGUGACAAAUAAUAUACACGUUCACAUGGCGAUCGGAUGAAAUGUAAACAAACCGAUGCAUUGUGACUGAUUUUAUCACGCUACACGCCGGCAGUCUAUUAUGUGCAUAUGAAGCGAUUAUAAACAGGCGUAGCACCGCUCAGUCGGGUUGUCCCGAGCUCACAUAUCGAAGCAACCCCCGGCGGCGCGACAUGACGCACUGAGCUGAGCCCAGCUCGCUCGUCCGCUCAACCCAGCUCGGUUCAACUCAUCUCGGAACCGUCCGGAGCAACAUGCGCCAUGGCGAGCGUGGAGACAGCCGCCGAGCACGAGCGAAUUCUCCGCGAGAUCGAGAGCACGGACACCAACUGUAUCGGUCCGACGCUGCGGUCGGUGUACGAUGGCCAGGAACAUGGCCUGUUCAUGGCCAAGCUGGAUGCACGGAUCAGGAACCACGACCGCGAGAUCGAGAAGAUGUGCAACCAUCACUUCCAGGGCUUUGUCGACUCCAUCACGGAGCUGCUGAAAGUGCGCGGCGAGGCGCAGAAGCUGAAGAGUCAGGUGACUGAGACCAACAGGUCUAUUCAGGGCGAUGGCAAAGAGCUCAUGAGCUCCAUGGAGGAGCUGAGACAGUGUCGAGUGCAACAGAGAAACAUUGCGACCACUGUCGACAAACUGACGCACUGCCUGCCAGUCCUGGAGAUGUACAGACGCCUCCAGGAGCAAAUGGACGCCAAAAGGUACUACCCAGCUCUGCGCACCUCGGAGCAGCUGGAGCAGACAUGUCUUCCAAGGGCAGGCCAGUACCGGUUCUGCACCAUCAUGGCGGAAAAUCUUCCCAAGUUGCGGACGCAGAUCCGCGACACGGCCAUGACCCAGCUCAAGGACUUCCUGGAGAGCAUCCGGAAACACUCGGACAAGAUUGGAGAGACGGCUAUCAGACAGGCCCAGCUGCAGCGCUCUCUGGACAGCUCCACGCAACCUGGGGUUGUCGUGGGCCGGCGCCCCGGGAGACAGCCGGCGGCCGGCAGGUUCACACAGAGCAACGGGCAGGUCGACAGGCUGGAAUUGGACUCUGGCGUCCUGGAUUUGGGGGAUGAAGAGGAGACUGACCAAGUGACCGGCGCCCAGGAUUUGGUGGACUUCUCACCGGUGUACCGCUGUCUCCACAUCUACACUGUGCUGGGCUUGCGUGAUGUGUUUGAGAACUACUACCGAAAGCAACGGAGGAAACAGGCUCGCCUCGUGCUGCAGCCGCACUCUAACAUGCACGAAACUCUGGAGGGCUACCGACGCUACUUCAAUCAGAUCGUCGGGUUCUUCGUGGUGGAGGAUCACGUGCUUCACACCACGCAAGGUUUGGUCAACAGAGCCUAUGUGGAGGAGCUGUGGGAGCUGGCGCUGUCCAAAAUCGUGGCCGCUUUGAGGACGCACUCUUCUUACUGUGACGACCCGGAUCUGGUGCUGGAUCUGAAGAACCUCAUUGUCCUCUUUGCUGACACACUUCAGGGCUACGGCUUCCCGGUGUCGCAGCUCUUCGACAUGCUGCUGGAGAUGAGGGAGCAGUACGGCGAGAUCCUGCUCAAGAGAUGGAACGUCACCUUCAGGCAGGUGUUGGACCAGGACAACUUCAGUCCCAUCCCCGUGUCCACGGAGCAGGAGUACCGACACUACACCUCGCAGUUUCCCCUGCAAGACCCCGAGCUGGAGAAGCUCCCCUUCCCCAAGAAGCUUCCCUUCUCCGAGUUUGUGCCAAAAGUCUACAGCCAGCUCAAAGAGUUCAUCUACGCUUGUCUCAAGUACUCUGAAGACCUGCACCUCAGCUCCACAGAGGUGGAUGACAUGAUCCGCAAAUCCACCAAUCUGCUGCUAACCCGAACCUUGAGCAACUGUCUGCACUACGCCAUUAAGAAGAAGAAUGUCGGGCUGGCUGAGUUGGUGCAGGUGAUCAUCAACACCACCCACCUGGAGCAGAGCUGCCAUUUUAUGGAGGAGUUUAUAUCAAACAUCACCAACGUCCCGUCAGACACGGCCAACGCCACCAAGCUGUACGGGACCUCCACCUUUAAGGACGCUCGCCACGCGGCCGAGGCGGAGAUCUACACCGGCCUCAACGCCAAAAUCGACCAGUUCCUGCAGCUGGCGGAUUAUGACUGGAUGGCGGGCGUGCCCAGCGGCGCGGCGCCGGCGCCCAGCGACUACCUAUUGGACCUGGUGGCCUUCCUGAAAAGCACCUUCAGUGUCUUCACCAACUUGCCCGGAGCGCCCGUAGAACAUGCUAUCUUGCCGGGCAAAGUGGCGCAGACGGCGUGCAUGUCGGCGUGCAAGCACAUCUCCACGUCGCUGAUGCAGCUGCUGCUGGACCCCGAGGUCAAGCAGAUCUCCAUGGGGGCGCUGCACCAGCUCAACGCCGACGUCGACGAGUGCGAAGGUUUUGCCAGAGCCGGCCCGGUCGCAGGCUUCCAGGGUGACACGUUGCUUCUGGCCUUCAGUGACUUGAGACAACUGCUGGAGCUGUUCACGCAGUGGGACUGGUCCAGCUACCUGGCCGACUACGGCAAAGCCAGCUGCAAGUAUCUGCGCGUCAACCCGCACGCCGCGCUGGCCGUGUUGGAAAAGUUGUCCAAGCCGAUGCGGGAGAGCAGCAGGAAGAACGUGGUCUUCGCACAAUUCCGAAAGACGGAACGCGACAGACAGAAGCUCAUCGACACCGUCAUCAAGCAGUUACGCAACCUCAUCGCACAGCACCAGGCCUGAACGGACACCCGCGCACCUCUCUCCCGAACAAAAGCCACAUCUAUGCAUUCUCACCGACGGGGAUUUGUUUCUUUUCACUUCACAAUAAAUGUUACAACACUUGUAUGUGAUA